ACUUUGCGUCUCCAUUCUCUCCGUCGUUGGACGCCAUAGUGAGCACAUCGUUCGCUAGGACAAUUCGGGAGAGUGUGAGGCUUGUGCGUGAACGACUUGGCUCUCGGUAAGUUAAGCACUCGAGUUAAAUCUCAAGCGAAGAAUGGCGGGGACCGAGUCGCCGAACGUGAAACAAGAGUCACAGAACGCACCCGCGGAGAAUAGCAAUGAGAAUCCACGAGAACGCAAUGCACCCGGUGGCGGCGGCGGCGGCGGCGGCGGUGGCGGUGGCGGCGGUAAUCGUGGACAGCGUGGUCGAAAAGGAGGAACACGUUUUUCUGGACGUGGAGGCGGAAUGGGUGGAGGAAACAGAAAUAACGAUGGACCGAUGAAGAUGAGCGAGUCCAUGGACGGUGGUAUGGAUAACACAAUGAACGAAACAAUGGGAGGUGGAAUGGGAAUGGGAAUGGGAAUGGGACGCGGUGGAAUGCGUGGCGGUCGAGGAGGCGGCAGAGGCGGUCCUGAUAGAAACUUGGGAGGAAACCGCUCUCAAGAUGAUCGUUUGAUGGAGCGCAUAAUGGCUAUUAGCGGACCUACACACGAUUUACCGCCGCAGGAGACAACAGAAAAGAAGUUCAGCGGUCGUAAUCGUUUGUACAUUGGAAACUUAACGAAUGACGUUACAGAAGAAGAAAUCCAGCAGAUGUUUCAACAAUACGGCGAAAUAUCUGAACUUUUUGUAAAUAAAGAAAAGAACUUCGCGUUUCUGAGAAUGGAUUACAGGGUAAAUGCUGAGAAAGCAAAGCACGAACUGGAUGGAACAAUGCGCAAAGGUCGCGCACUUAAAGUACGUUUCGCUCCUCACUCGUCUACGAUCAAAAUAAAAAAUCUCACACCUUGGAUUUCAAACGAGUUGCUCGAGAAAGCAUUUAGCGUGUUCGGUGAAAUCGAACGCGCCAUAGUCGUAGUAGACGACAGAGGAAAAACUACCGGCGAGGGAAUCGUAGAAUUCUGUAGAAAACCGUCUGCUCAGCUUGCUCUGCGAAAAUGUACAGAAGGCUGCUACUUCUUGACAGCUUCCCUACGUCCAGUUGUCGUCGAACCAUUCGAGCAGCAAGACGACGUCGACGGAUACCCGGACAAGAAUCUGCCUCGGAAGAAUCCCGAGUUCUUCAAAGCCCGUGAAAUUGGACCGAGAUUCGCGCAGGUAGGCAGCUUCGAGCACGAGUACGGGACGAGGUGGAAGCAACUUCAUGAGUUGUACAAGCAAAAGGAAGAAGCGUUGAAAAGGGAGAUGGCAAUGGAAGAGGAGAAACUGGAAGCUCAAAUGGAAUUUGCACGUUACGAACACGAAACAGAAUUGUUGAGAGAACAAUUACGUAUGCGCGAAGCCGACCGCGAGAGACAGAAGAGAGAAUGGGAGAUGAAAGAGAGGCAAGCUGAGGAACAGAGGACGCGUGAGGAGGAACUCCGAAGGAGGCAACAAGAAGAAAUGGCGAUGCGUAUACGAAGACAAGAAGAGGAACUCCACAGGCGUCAGCAAGAAAAUAAUUUGUUUAUGCAGGAACAAGCAAUGCGAGGCAGCAGCGGAGGCGGAAUGGGUGGAAAGAAUUACGAUUCUAUUAGUAACAGUGAUCGCGAUGGAUAUGGCCAACCCGAUGGUGGAAGCAGCAUGCCAGUGGAUCCGAAGUCUUUCAUGGAUGCUUAUAACAGUAUGGAUCGCGGUAGCCGAGGGGGGUAUAACGAUGAUCGUCAAAUAAUGGAAUUAAUGGACAUGAGGGUAGACUUGGGUAACAUGGGUGGCGGUCGUGGAGGUAGUGGUGGUAGUGGACGUUGGCAAGGUGGAGGUGAUCGGAGUCGUCAAGACGAUUAUCCUAACAAGAGAAGACGUUAUUAAACAUGUCGCAGUAUUAUUAUCGAUCAUUCUCUUUAGCCAUCGAGAAGAAAAGAAAUUAUAUUUCUCCGACAAUUCACAACAUCUUCAAUCAUUUUUUCCAACGAUUUUUGCUAUCGGUCAUCCUUCAUGUUUUGUAUUAGGGGAAGGAACGUUUUCGCGAAUGCGCUUAGGCAAUUAACAAAAAGAAAAAAGGGGGACGUAUAAUAGCAGUCGGACGAGUAUGGCUUUAUAUAUGUUUGACAUAUAUAUAAAUAUAUAUCGAGAUCUCUGACUUUACAACGUUAGUCAUUUUUGCCAAUUUUAUAUACAACGCCUGGUCAAUCCGUUUUUUGAAAUCAUUUCAUGUAAAUAAAUGACGAUAUUAAAUCAGAUUACAAACUAAUCAGUUUGAUACAUUGACGAAUUCUAGAGGAACCUGCGAACGCUUUAGGCAUAUGGAAAGUGAUUAAAAGUCAAUGCUAAAAGAUUUGGUGUCGAAUCUCGAUUGCUAACAAACCAUAGUAAAUUCUUUUAUUUUUUAGUAAUAAUAUCGCGAUCGCUAUAACGUUUUCAUUUUCUUCGAGAUUGUGUUCGUUCUGUCGAGGAAGGAUACGUGUGGCAAUAACAGGAUUUAUAUAUGCCUGGAGUUUAUUUCAGCUAGUAAACAUUCGUUACACUAACAUAAUCAUCAUUGUCAAUUAGGUCGUGUGAGAAUUUUACUAUACGAAAGACAUGUGUAAAUAUUGAAAGAAAACGAACUAAUAUAUAUAUAUAUAUAUAUUAGUUCUUGUUAUCGCUGUAUCACCAUAUACCGGAUUAUUUAUAAUUUGUAACUUUUGAUCGAUUCAGCAGUUUUCAAAGCGGAAAUGAAAAAUAUACUCUGAUAUAUCGUAUCUUUAGAUUUGUACUUUAUGAUUAAAGAGAGGAUAUUGAAUUUUAGUCUAUAAGCGAGAGUGCGUUUAACGUUGGCUGAGAACUAAUAGUAGUUAUCAGUCAAUUUGGUAAUUGAUCUUUGUAUUAAUAAUUAAUAUUGCACGGGCUGCUGAUGUAUGAUGUCUAUAUGAAAGACAAUUUUAUUUAGCGGAUUACAUACGUGUCUCCAAUUUACGUUUUCAAACGAGAUAAAUAACGAAAGUACAUGCAGAGUGCUCUUCUGCAUUACUUUCAGGCUUUAUAAAAUUAAUUAUGUUAGAAUAAGAAGUGAUAUCGGCACGGAGGAAGAAGCCCCCCGUGUCGCCUGGACUUUGUGAAGGAAGUUAAUUGACAAAAAGUAAUUUUAUGAAUAAAGGUCUAUAUUACAUUCA